AUGUUUGCCAUUGCCAAUCCCGAUGAAGUUCGUUGCAAAUGCACAAGAUGCAAUUGCAAUCCUCUCAGAUACACCAUGACAGAUAAAAGAACUGCCAAGCGUUAUGCCCAGAAUGAUAAUGACAGGAAUAUAGAUAAAACCAUUAAUGAACAAAUAGUUUUGACAGCCAAAGUAAACUCUGGUGAAGCUGAUAUGGACGUAGAUCAAAUUGAAGAACAUAUUGAAUAUGAUAAUUACUCCGUUGGUGCACCCUCACCAGAGCAGUAUGUCAAUACCCACUUACCUCUUUUGGUGGAAGAAUCUCUUUUUGAAACAGAGGAGUAUACUUCAGAGUAUGAGUCUGAAUAUGAGUCGUCGGAUGAAUUUAAGCAAGAAGAACAGAACAGAGAAGUCUACAGAAAACCUUCCACAGAAUAUUUGGCAUCGAAUGAAGACACAGUAAUUUUGAUUACAUUCAUAAAUACAAUCCUCGAACAUUAUGGAGAGGAUUUCCGACUUCCCACAAGCAUUCUGGGUUUGAGGAAAAUGACAGGAUACAAUGACUUGACAAACGGCGUAUCAAAAUAUGUAGCAUGCAGUAAUUGUCACACAUUGUACAAUUACAGCAACAACACACAUACAUCCUGCAAUUUCAAAAGAGUUGGUAGUAAGGCGUAUUGUAAGAAUGAUCUCUAUAAGUCUAGUAUGAAGAACGCUAUGAUUUCAAAGUGCACAUUUAUUUAUAACUCGUUGACAACUACCUUGAAAAAAAUGUUUACACGUCCUUCUUUUGAGAUGCGUGCAACCAUUAUCGAUCCUAUGCACAACCUUUUUCUCAGGACUGCAAAACGAAUGAUGGAUAUUUGGAUUGCAAACAAUUUGCUUGAUGACAAAGAUUUUGUAGAGAUGCAGGAAGAGGCCAAUAGAAUGGUACUCCCUGUAGGAUAUAUGACUCUGAAGAUAAAGAUUGGAAAGAAAUUUCCGUUUAUGAAGGCAGAUGAGUGGAAAUCAUGGUGCCUGAUAUACUCUCUUGUUCUGCUUAAGACAUGCCUGCGAGAUGAUCUACUUGGCAAUUGGAUCCAUUUUGUUGAUGCAUGCAGAGAAUUGACAAAGCCAAGUAUCACCAAAAAUGAGAUCAAAAAAGCUCACAAAAGUUUGGAGGAGUUCUGUGUUGGUUGUGAAGACUUUCAUAAACCAGAUGUAUUCACACAAAACAUGCAUCUCCAUCUCCACCUAAAAGAAACAAUUGAGAACUUUGGGCCAAUUUACGGAUUUUGGCUAUUUAGCUUUGAGCACUAUAAUGGUGUAUUGAAAGGGUUUGAGACAAACCAGAAGAGUGGGUUCGAGAAUACCUACAUGAAAAGGUUUCUUGAGAGUUCUUACAAUGGUGACUUUUGUCAAGCAUAUCUCAGAAAUGUUACCAGCCCUUUACUCUUCUCUCUCUUUCUCAAGCUGUCUGGCCGUAAAAUCUAUAAUCCUGCACUUUCGCCACAUCCUUUGAUACCGGCAUUCUUUCACUUGCCAGCGUUCCUACAAUCCGCUGAAAAGUCUUCAAAGCAAACAUUUGGCAACGAACCUCUACCUCUUUCCACUCUACCAUUAUGUUUGAAGCCACCAACAACAAUGAGAAAAUCCGAGUAUGAUUGUCUGCUCAAUUUCUAUAAAAUUGAGUAUGACGAUGAUUCUCUUUGCAGUGCCAAGACAACAAUCAGGAAUUGUUGUGGAGACUCUGAGGAAAGAUAUGCUGGUCGUAUUAAGUACUUGUUCUUGCACGAUUUUACACCAAACCUCAUGCACACCAACCUUUCCCCUUGUCACAACCCCCAACACUACAAAAUUCCUUGCCAUCAACCUAGAAUCAAGCAGGGCAUCGAGUUGUAUGAGCCAGAAUUUCUGAAGUAUGACUACAACAACAUUCUGCCUGUCCACCGCAUCUUGUCGCCAAUUGCAAUUGGAAGUCAUGUGUCUGGUAGUGGUGCGGCAAAAGUCGUUGUUAUUCCUCUGCCAAGAAAGCUGUACACUUAA